GGUAGUCAUAGCAGGCUGAAGGCAAUUCAAAAUUAGCACACAGAAUAUAGAAUUGUAGGUCUAUCUCGUCAAAGGGGGAUCUUUACAACACGAUGUGGUAUAGCCCAUAGCAUCCAAAGUUACACUUUCCAACAAUCCUAAAACAAUGGUCAUGGAAGGUGAAAUCAACAACUUCAUUAUGGUAUGGGUCUCAGCUCUGGUAUCACUAUGCUAUUGCCACACCAUAGGUAAAGCUAUCCCCAAAGGUACAUCUAGACUCCUUUCAAUCCUACCAGUCAUAUGUCUCUUUCUCAUUCUCCCUCUAAAUCUCACCACCAUCCAUCUUGGAGGCCCCUCAUCUUUCUUCCUUGCUUGGCUUGCCACCUUCAAACUCCUCCUCUUUGCCUAUGGUGAAGGCCCUUUAUCAUCAUCCUCUACACCCAUCUCCUUUUCACGUUUCAUCUCAAUUGCUUGCCUCCCUAUCAAGAUUCAAAACCACCCAUCACCCAAAAAUCCUCAAAAGCCUUUGUCUACCAAAAAUAAUGAACACCCAUCUCUCCAAAGACCCCAAAAUCUCCAUAAGUCACCUCUAAAUUAUGGUACAAAGGUUCUAUUAUUGGCUACAUAUGGACCUGUCCAUGACAACAAAGAUCAUCUUCACCCAAAAAUACUAUUGUUACUAUAUAGCAUCCACUUGUAUAUUGCCUUAGAAAUCCUCCUAGGCAAUUUUGCAGUCCUGACUCGAGCCUUGCUUGGUGUUGAGCUCGAGCCACAAUUUGAUGAGCCUUACCUCGCUACCUCACUACAAGACUUCUGGGGAAGGAGGUGGAACCUCAUGGUUAGUAGAAUCCUACACCCUACUGUAUACAAUCCUGUCAGGUCCAUUUCCAGCCGUUGGAUUGGGAGGAAAUGGGCUCCACUUCCAGCAGUCAUUGCUGUGUUUUUUGUCUCUGGAUUGAUGCAUGAGAUAAUAUUCUAUUACAUUGGUCGACUCAAGCCAACGUGGGAACUCACAUGCUUCUUUCUCAUUCAUGGGUUUUGUCUGGCCAUUGAAAUCGCCAUUAAGAAAGCUCUAAAUGGUUCGUGGUGUUUGCCUAAGGUAGUGUCGGGGCCGCUGACAUUGACUUUUGUGGCAAUCACGGGUUUGUGGCUGUUCAUGCCAUCGCUCAUUCGGUGUGAAGUUGAUGUCAAAAUCUAUAGAGAGGCUGCAACCACGUAUAUGCGAUUUUUCAAGGAUGUUGUUAGUGUUCUAAGUUCUCGAUUUUUUGAUGUUGUACUUGUACCUGAAGAAUUAAAAAUUAAAAUUUUGGGAUCUAAAGAAUAAAUUGUUGGAGAGAAAAGAAAAUGUUUAGACAAGUCAACUAUAUAUGUGAUUUAUACCUUUAUGUUUGAUUAAUUUUGAUUUGAAUU